AGGCCACCUUCCGGCCGGUGGUAGAGUCGGACAGAAGCUGUGGGGACCUGGGACGCCAUGGGAGCCACUGGCGACGCUGAGCAGCCGCGGGGACCCGGCGGGGCAGAGCGAGGUGUCCCCGAGCAUGGGGACGCGGGCGCAGCAGGGCAGCUAGUUCUCACGAAUCCUUGGAACAUCAUGAUAAAGCACCGACAGGUGCAGCGAAGGGGCCGCCGCUCACAGAUGACAACAAGUUUCACAGAUCCUGCCAUCUCCAUGGACCUCCUCCGUGCUGUCCUGCAGCCUAGCAUCAAUGAGGAAAUCCAGACUGUCUUUAACAAGUAUAUGAAGUUCUUCCAAAAGGCAGCAAUGAAUGUGCGAGAUAACAUUGGGGAAGAAGUGGAUGCAGAGCAACUGAUCCAGGAGGCCUGUCGGAGCUGCCUGGAGCAGGCUAAGCUCCUGUUUUCAGAUGGAGAAAAAGUAAUACCCCGACUGACCCAUGAGCUUCCAGGGAUAAAGCGUGGCCGGCAGGCAGAAGAGGAGUGUACCCAUCGAGGAAGCCCCAUCCCCAAAAAGAGAAAGGGAAGGCCUCCAGGACACAUCCUGUCCAAUGACCGGGCAGCUGCAGGCAUGGUAUGGAAACCAAAAUCCUGUGAACCAAUUCGCCGGGAGGGCCCCAAGUGGGACCCAGCUCGGCUGAAUGAAUCUACUACCUUUGUGCUGGGAUCUCGAGCUAACAAGGCUCUGGGAAUGGGAGGCACCAGAGGGAGAAUCUACAUCAAGCACCCCCACCUCUUUAAGUAUGCAGCUGACCCCCAGGACAAGCACUGGCUGGCGGAGCAGCAUCACAUGCGGGCAACAGGGGGGAAGAUGGCCUACCUCCUCAUCGAGGAGGACAUCCGGGACCUCGCUGCCAGCGAUGACUACAGGGGAUGCCUCGACCUGAAGUUGGAGGAGCUGAAAUCCUUUGCACUACCGUCCUGGAUGGUUGAGAAGAUGCGAAAAUACAUGGAGACACUACGGACAGAGAAUGAGCAUCGUGCUGUUGAAGCACCUCCACAGACCUGAGGCUGGGUCCCCUGGCUACUUGACAGCCCUCCUCCAAAGCCUUUGUUCUCACAUGGCUGAGGCCACCACUGGGACUGCUCCUGGAUGGAUCUCAGUGGUGUUAAGCUGUGCCUGGGCUGGUUUGUAGUGACUCACUGCAAGCCCCCCAGACUGGCCAGUGGUUCUAUAUUUGUAAAGUUGUUGGGAUAAGAAGCAAUUAAACAGUUUUUAAUAAACA